UUAAAGUCAUCAUUCAACCUGCUGCAUACAUCCUUACAGACUGGGUCUACAAGAAGCUUGUCACAGGUACAACCGAUGCUGAUACAGAACAGUAAAUUUCCAGAAGAAUCCAUCACACAGCUAUCUCUGCAGCUUCAGAAACGUGAGUAACCACAUGUGUGUUUGAAGAACAAACAUCCUAACACAGGAUACCAUCUGCAGGCUGUGCACUGAGAGUUAGGCCUGUGUGUGACUCCUGCAGCCACCGGAAGCAUUACUCUGUGUAUGAAGCCAGCCUUCUACUGAAUGCUCCAUAACUGUUCACUGCCAGGGACUUUUGCCUUUAUUGGAGAGCAAUAAGUACCUUUUGAACUGCUCAAAGACUGUAUCAUAGCUUCAUCAAGUCCCUAGGAUUUAUCAUUGUCAAGCUGUUUUUGGUUGUGAAUCCAAUACCUGAAUCUACUGAAAUAACUGUGUAUUCCUGCCUGUAUAAAGUGAUAGUGAGCUGAGCCAUCCAGUCUGAAACAGUUGCAGCACUAGAUGUCACAAAUAUCCAGCUCCUCAGUUCAAUCUGCCUAAUAUCAGAAAUCACUACAGAGCUCAGCUCUGGCAGAUUUGUAACAAGACACCAAAACUACAGCACUUGUCAUUAUGUCUGACAGAGAUCCCACAGAGUCACCUGCAUUUAACCAAGAUAAAGCAGACUCCUUACUUCAUUCUGCUCGUCCCGCUAGAGGCCCUCAUCCAUCCUUGAAGGCAAGAGAGGUUUAUGAAGAAAGUAAGGAAGAAACAUCUAGUAACCUGACUGCAUUAUGGCAUAAGACUUUAAGUUGUAUAAAAACCGCUAAUGAAACUAGCAACAAUCCUGAGCAAUUGAACACUGCUCUCUCAAGGGUUAAGAAGGCAUUUGAGAAUUAUAAAAGACUUUCUGAAAAGUUCUAUUCCCUAUUGUCACAUUCCAGCAUGGAGGAAGCCGCAGUGGAAUUAAAGGACUUUACUUCUACUGACCAGCAGAGGCAUAGCACAUAUCUUGAAGCAAAGGCACAGAUAGAAGGUAGAUUAGCACAGCUACAUGAAACUACUUCCUGUAAAUCUGCUUCUUCCAGACACUCAGGAAAAUCUUCUAGAUCUGCCCGCUCCUAUCAUAAAUCCUCUUCUAAGUCACUGCGGUCCUGCUCUGUAAGAUCAACACUGAGUGACCAAAUACUCAAAGCUCGCCAGAAGGUCGCAGCAGCCCAGGUUCAAGCCGCCUGCUCUGAAAGAGAAGCAGCCAUCAAAGCUCAGCUAGAAAUCCUUCAGAAGAGUAAAGAAAAGGAAGUAGCAUUGGCGGAAUUAUCCGUCUUGGAACAAGCCCUAUUGGAAGAAGAAGGAGCAGCUUGUCCCAGCUUGGCUGCUUGUCAAGACCCCAUUGAAAGGACCCUACAGUUCGUCUUAAGCCAGAACCACGACAUCACAGUCCCACCUACAGUUGGAGAUUUUUCUCAUAAUCAUCCAGCAUGUGGCCCAGAAGGCAACGUGUCACAAAAUCAAGCUGGUCAACUAGACACACCUGCUAACAGAGACACUCCGCAACUACCGCAUGUCACAAAAUCAAGUGAGUCAACCUACGCAGCUCACGUGCCACCGCAACCCUAUGCGAAUAGAGAUUACAAGGGUACAGCAAAAGACUACAGGAUGAACUCUAUGACCCCUGUGAUACAGUUCUCUUUAACUUCAAAUGCUCAGAGACCUUCAGACAUCAGACCCUUACCUAGAUUGAACCCAUCUGCAACACCUUUCGCUCCACCAACCAGCCAACUUCAGAUACCAACCAUGGCUCAAGUCGGCGCACCAUCAGUAUCCCCGGUGGCUAUAAAAACUGAAAGCAUCAACGCUACGGAGCUCAGCAAGAGUAUGGCUUUACAAGAAUUGAUCACAACUGGACUGUAUAAAUUUGAUGACCGCCCAGAGAACUACAGGAGUUGGAGAUCUACAUUUAAGGCGGUAAUCAAGAGCUUGCCCGUUGAACCUCAAGUAGAACUCGAUUUACUAAUAAGGUAUUCGGGGCGACAAUCUUCAGAACAAGUAAAGAGGCUUAAAUCUGUUUACAUCUAACUUUAACGCAGGCCUUGAUGCUGCCUGGGAACGUCUAGAUCAAGACUAUGGGAGUCCCGAAGUCAUUGAAUCUGCCUUAUUCCAGAGACUAAACGACUUUCCAAAGAUCUCUGUUAAGGACAAUCAUAAGCUUAGAGAGUUAGGUGACCUCCUUCAUGAACUUGAAAUUGCUAAGUUAGAUCCUAGUUUACCAGGUCUUAGCUAUUUAGACACUGCUCAGGGCGUGAAUCCUAUUGUAGCAAGGUUGCCUAGUUAUCUUCAGGGAAAGUGGACUAGUGUAGGAUCAAAAUAUAAGUAUGAACAUCAUGUUUCCUUCCCUCCCUUUUCUUAUUUUGCAGAGUUUGUGCGGAAGGUUGCAAAAUCCAAGAAUGACCCAAGCUUCUU